AUGGGGAGGGGGAAGGUGCAGCUCCGGCGGAUCGAGAACAACGUCAGCCGGCAGGUGACCUUCUCCAAGCGGCGGUCGGGGCUGCUGAAGAAGGCGCACGAGAUCGCCGUGCUCUGCGACGCCGACGUCGCCGUCAUCGUCUUCUCCGCCAAGGGCAGGCUCUACGAGUACUCCGCGCACACAAGCAUGGAAAGAAUCCUCGAGCGAUAUGAGAGAUUUUCCUUAUCUGAAGGAAACGUGGUCGAAGAAUUCACCGAUCUCGAGGGGAGUAUGAACUACGAUCAUAUCAAGUUGACUUCUAGGAUUGAAGCUCUGCAAAAGAGUCGAAGGAAUCUUAUGGGAGAGCAACUGGAUUCCCUGACAGCGAGGGAAGUCCAGCAGCUUGAGCAGCAGAUUGGCAAUGCCCUCCGGAACAUCAGGCUCAGAAAGAAUCAUCUCUUAACCAACUCGAUCGGGGAGCUCCAAAACAAGGAAAGGAUGUUGAUGGAGCAAAAUAAAAUUCUGGAGAAGGAGAAGGCUGAAGUCCUGGAGGCAUCCCUGCACAAGAACCGCCCUGCUCCUUUCUGCAAUAAUACAGUUGCCUCCCUGCCCAACCUGAACAUCUGGUGA